AUGCCACCUAAAAAGAAGCAGCAGCAGCAGCCAGCCAAGAAGAAAGACAAUGUGGAUAAGACGUUUGGGAUGAAGAAUAAGAAUAGGUCGACGAAGGUGCAGAAGUUUAUCCAGCAGGUGCAGACACAGUCAGACCCGAAGAAGGAGGAGAUGAAGCGGAAAAAGGCUGAAGAAAAAGCCCAGAGAGAGCGGGAAGAGGCCGAGAGAAGAGCGCUGUUCAACCCUGCAAUGGAUCAGUCUCUCAGAUCUGGUGUGGACCCCAAAACAGUGCUCUGUGCGAUGUUCAAAAUUGGUAACUGUAACAAAGGAGCAAGAUGUAAAUUUUCGCACGAUCCGAAUGUGGGUCGCCGCGUGGAAAAGAAAGACUUGUACCAGGACGCCAGAAAGGAGAAAGAGGAAGAUACCAUGGAGUCCUGGGAUGAAGAAAAGUUGAGAUCCGUCAUUCUCUCCAAACAUGGUAACCCAAGAACCACGACAGACAAGGUCUGUAAAUUUUUUAUCGAGGCUGUGGAGAAUGGGAAGUAUGGUUGGUUUUGGGUCUGUCCCAAUAACGGCGACAAGUGUAUGUAUAAGCAUUCCUUGCCCGAAGGAUUUGUGCUGAAAACCAAGGAGCAAAAGCGUUUGGAAAGAGAAGCGCUAGAUAGCCAGCCCAAGAUUACGUUGGAAGAGUUCAUUGAGACGGAAAGAGAGCGUUUGGACAAGGCAAAGUUGACUCCAAUCACCGUGGCCAAUUUUGCCCAAUGGAAACAGGACCACGUUACCAAGAAAAUCAAUGCCGACAGGAAGGAAAUGGGCAAACGCAAGCCAUCUGGUCGUGAAAUCGUGCUCAAGAACUACAUGGAAGAUAAGAAAUUUGCCGAGGUGGACGAUUUGGAUGCUACUAAAGGAUCUGCGUGGGACUUGUCAGAGUUCACGAAAGCUUUGAAGGAAGCCGAGAGCAAGUCCGGUGACGGUAUUAAGGAUUACGGUGAUGGUAGCAACCCAACCUUUGAUAUUGUUUCAAAAAGCCCUACCACUGCAUCUGCAUGA